AUGUAUGCGUACGGUCUGCUUCCAUUUAUUGUAUCCACAUCUGCCGUGGCGAGGGAGAUCGUGUUCCCUCCCAUCGCAGCAAUUCAAGCUUCCGGACAAGUUCCGCUCGGCAAAGAUGAUAGAGUUGAUAUUGUUACGGGUAGUCAGUUCUCGGGGCUGACCACCUUUGCCCACUUACCUUACGUAAACUGUUUGGUCGAUGACCAAGCACAGUUCACACCUUAUGAUAUUGCAAUCUUAGGUGCCCCGUUCGACACUGGCGUUACCGCUCGCCCCGGCGCUAGAUACGGGCCUGGCGGUAUUCGUCUCGGCGCUCGGCGAUUGCAAGGGUGGAGCAUCUACACCGGAGUCAACGUCUUCAAAAGCUGGGCGACCAUCGUGGAUUGCGGGGAUGCGCCACUGACCUGGUUGGAUAAUACCGUUAUAUCAUCACGUCCUACGAAUACUACGGGCCUGGGCCGUACACCGCGUAUUCUUACACUGGGCGGAGACCACACAACGACGCUGUCGGCACUGAGGUCGACCUAUGACAAGUGGGGUCCUGUUUCGGUUAUUCAUUUCGACAGUCACCUCGAUACUUGGGAUCCAGAAGUACUAGGCGGUGGAAUAUCCCACUAUGCCGGCGUAAACCACGGGACCUUCCUUCACAUAGCUCAUGAAGAGGGCCUUAUCCGCAACACAUCAUUACACGUCGGCAUCCGUGCCCCUACCGUGCGCCGAAAGGGCGAUAUCCGAAACGAUAUCCGAUGCGGAUUCGAAAUCAUCAAGGCGCGUGACUUGGAUCGGGUCGGGAUAAAUGGUAUCGUAGAGCAGAUCAAGUCCCGAGUUGGUGAUAGCAAGGUGUACAUUUCCGUGGACAUUGAUGUGUUGGAUCCGGCCUACGCCCCUGCAACGGGGACUGCGGAGCCAGGUGGCUUCACUACCCGCGAGCUUCUUUCCAUCCUGGACGCUCUACAUGGAUUGCCGGUGGUAGGCGCCGACGUUGUCGAGGUUGCGCCCAUAUACGAUACAGCAGCCGAGACUACGACUUUGGCUGCUGCGAGGUGGCUCAUUCGUUGCUAUAUCUCAUGGUGGAAACGCCGGUCAAUGAUAACUAGUGUCUAG